UUUCGCAGCCCUGAGCAUUUGCAGCUGGUCAUUCCAGCUUCGGGAGACUUUGGUGUUAACCACCGCGUUCCUGCCAAGGGUUGUCAGGAGAUGGCACUUGGCAGCCUUCUACGAGGAGUUUAACCCGUCCCGCCGCCGCCCGGAUGGGACCGCCGGAGUUCUCUGAAGUCUCCAGGGAAUAUUGAAUCGCUGAGGAAUUUGGGAAACGACAAGCCGAAGUUCCCAUUCCAUGGAUCCUUUGGGUGCACCUUCCCAGUUUGUGGAUGUGGAUACACUACUAAGUUGGGACGACUCAUAUGAAGAUGAAUUAAAUUCUUCUGAUAUUACAGCUGAAACAUUUCAGGAAGAUAGUAUUAGGUCACCUUUUCUUUAUAAUAAGAAUAUCAAUGGAAAAGUGAUUCUGUGGAAAGGAGAUGUAGCAUUACUGAACUGUACAGCCAUUGUGAAUACCAGCAAUGAAAGUCUCACAGAUAAGAAUCCUGUGUCAGAAAGUAUCUUCAUGCUUGCAGGGCCUGAUUUGAAGGAGGACCUACAGAAACUUAAAGGUUGCCGAACAGGCGAAGCAAAAUUGACAAAAGGAUUUAAUCUAGCUGCCCGGUUCAUCAUUCACACAGUGGGACCUAAGUACAAGAGCCGCUAUCGCACAGCAGCUGAGAGUUCCCUGUACAGCUGCUACAGAAAUGUACUUCAGCUGGCAAAAGAGCAGUCAAUGUCUUCUGUCGGAUUCUGUGUCAUCAAUUCUGCAAAACGAGGUUAUCCUUUAGAGGAUGCAACACACAUAGCACUUCGCACUGUAAGGCGGUUUCUGGAGAUUCAUGGAGAAACCAUUGAAAAAGUAGUAUUCGCUGUCUCUGAACUGGAAGAGGCUACUUACCAAAAGCUGCUACCUCUGUACUUCCCAAGGUCACUAAAGGAAGAGAGUCGAUCAUUGCCAUACCUUCCUGCAGAUAUUGGAAAUGCAGAAGGGGAGCCUGUGGUACCUGAACGGCAAAUUAGAAUAAGUGAAAAACCUGGUGCUCCAGAAGACAACCAAGAAGAGGAGGAUGAAGGCUUGGGAGUUGAUCUGUCUUUCAUUGGCUCUCAUGCUUUUGCUCGAAUGGAAGGAGAUAUUGAUAAGCAAAGAAAACUGAUCCUUCAGGGACAAUUAUCUGAAGCAGCCCUGCAGAAGCAGCAUCAAAGAAAUUAUAAUCGCUGGUUAUGUCAAGCAAGAUCUGAGGAUCUGUCUGAUAUUGCUUCUUUGAAAGCCUUAUACCAAACAGGUGUGGAUAACUGUGGUCGCACAGUGAUGGUGGUAGUUGGAAGAAACAUUCCUGUAACAUUGAUAGAUAUGGACAAGGCUCUCUUAUAUUUCAUCCAUGUAAUGGAUCACAUUGCUGUGAAAGAAUAUGUGCUAGUAUAUUUUCACACACUGACCAGCGAAUACAAUCACCUGGACUCUGACUUCCUGAAGAAACUCUACGAUGUUGUUGAUGUCAAAUACAAGAGGAAUUUGAAGGCUGUUUAUUUUGUUCAUCCAACAUUUCGUUCAAAGGUAUCAACAUGGUUUUUCACCACCUUUUCUGUCUCAGGACUGAAGGAUAAAAUCCACCAUGUGGACAGCCUACACCAGCUAUUUUCUGCCAUAUCACCGGAACAAAUUGACUUUCCUCCCUUUGUCCUUGAAUAUGAUGCCAGGGUAAGUACGUCUCAAUCUCACUCUUUGUGUAGUAUAGUAAAUAUCUAUACAGCUGUUUCUGUGAUCACAACAUUCUACCAUUAGAAGAUACUGAUGUAGCAUAGUGUGUUUUAAUAAGCUUGAUAAUAUUACUAAUAUUCUUUUCCUACAAUAAUUUGAGGAAAAGUCUUUGUCUCAAGAGGGUUUUUUUUCAGAUAAACAUUUCAAUGUGAGAUUUUUCUGCUCUGAGUUUGAAGCACCCCUUGGUACUUUAGUACCAAUUUCUACCACAUUUGAGACAAGUACCUCUGCCUAAUUUUCUUUAGAUUGAAUGACUUUUCAGCUAUGUAACCAGUCAGAAUUAGUUUUUGUCCACUCUCAGCAAUAAUAUAAUCAGCCUAUCUUAAUAGUCUUUACCCUUGCUAAAACUUUUAUUUUCCUACACUUGGUGUAAUGUUUUUAAGAGCAUCAACCAAUUAUAUUGUCGUUAUUUAUAGGUACAUUUAUAGAUCUGUUACUCAACCACUAAAGCACUACUCUUGAAUUUCACCAAAAUUCUAUUCCAUUGUAUUAAUUCACAAGAUCAUCUCAGUAAUUAAAAAAAAUAAAUAAAUAACAUGCUUGGCCAGAAGCUCAGCAAGCUCAUCGUUUAACUAUUGCUGAUGUCUUUAUACAUGAACCAAAGAAUGUAUUUAAUAGUUAUAUUAAGUUUGAAAUGAAUUAUUCUCCCCUAAUUAUUGUGUAACGUGCAUAUAGUCAAAUAAAAAUCCUGUAAC